AUGGAACAUGUAAUAGAUGGUCGUGCGUGUAAAAAGACACACAGAGAAGGAAAUACGCUUUGUAUAUCUGAAAAUGGAAAGGACGUCUUGGUAAUGGAAAUGGUCAACGGAAAACUUCAAGUUGUGGCUGGAACAAACGAGAAGCUGUUUAUCAAGCUAGCAGACGAAGCCAGUCAAGUUAUAAUUGAUUUGAUAGAUUUGGAUUAUGUAGACACAUAUUUAAUGAACCACGCUUGUUUCACAACAUCGGCUGAAUUACUGGAAAAUCUAAUUGCUAGAUUUCACAUUGAAGCACUUGCAGGAGAAACAGAAUACUUUGACAAAUGGCAACGAUGCAUUCAAUUAAAAGUUCUAAAUGUUGUCUCUCGCUGGAUAAAGAUACAAUACCAAGACUUCAAUAAUAGCAGACAACUCUUGCGUAGACUGGAAUCAUUUGUGAACAAUAGCAUCAAGCAAGCUGGAUUCUCUGCUGAAGCAAAAACAUUGAGAGAAGCCCUGGAUAUAGAGAUGGCCAAGUGUACUCGUAGUAGGCACUCGCUUGUUGCCCUGACUUCUUAUUCAUUGGUUGGUUCAGGACAGACAACGCCACCUUCAACCCCUUGCUUGUCAUCCUUUUCGAUCGCAUCACAUCACCAAUCACAUUCUCAGUCCCGCAGACCAUCGCUUGCACCAAGUUUAUUAUCCUUUGUGUCCAGUGUAACCCCACCAGACUCACCCAUUUCUUCAAGCCAGCAACUCCAAUCACAGUCACAGUCACAGUCAUACAACGCUCCACCACUUUUACUACUCUACGAAGCAAAAGAAAUCGCAAAAUAUCUGACACUGGCUGAUUUCUACACCUUCAAGUGUAUCACGGCCCACGAUUACCUGAACGGACAAUGGAAGAACCAGAGUGCUGAACACAAAGGACCUCGAAAUUACAUUGGUACAAUGACACGACGAGCAAAUAUGUUGACUCACUGGGUGGCUCAUGAAUUGUGUGUCUUAAAAACUCCAAAGCAGCGCAAGACAGGACUGAGAAAGAUGAUUGAAAUAGCAAAGCUCUGUUUAGAAUGGAACAAUUUCCACACCAGCAUGAUUCUCACCAUGGGACUCACCAGCCGGGCUGUUCAGAAACUCGACGAUUGGCAGGCCUUACCAAGUCGAGACACCCAUGUGUUUCAUGGACUUCAGAAAUACCUCGAUGUGAGCAGCAACAUGGCUACCUAUCGUCAGGCCUUUAAUAAGGUCAAGUCACCUGCGAUCCCAUUCCUGCCUCUUGUUCUCAAGGAUCUUACGUUCUUUCUGGAUGGAAAUCCAACCCACACACCACCACCACCACCACCACAGCCAUCACAGCAAGUAGUAGUAAUGCAGUCAGAAACAAUGACAACAUGUUCUUCAGAAAACCUUAUUAAUUUUGCAAAGUUCCAAUCGCUGGCUCGAUUUAUGAACCGGCUCUUAUCUCACACCAGUGAAAAUUACUCGUUUGCGGGUGAACUUGAGCACUUUCCAUUCUUUUUUGGUAUUAAGUUUUAUGACGAAGAAAAACAUGCGCUGGAUGGUGUGGCUGAGGUAGUAGAACAGCGCAUUGAAGGUGUUGCGGACUGUUAUCAUGACUCUCAAUGUGUACCCUGCUGUAUAGAUAAAAUAAAAUGA